AUGAUUUUCGUCGCGAGCCAGGGCGACGUGGACGAAUUAACGCGGCUUCUAGACGAAGGCGCGGAUGUCAAUAGCGCGGAUUACGACGGGCGGUCCGCGAUACACCUCGCGGCGUGCGAGGGCCACCUGGGCGUGCUUAAACUGCUGCUGGCGCGCGGCGCGAGAGUCAACCCGCGCGACAGAUGGGGACACACGCCACUGACAGACGCGCGCAAGGCCAUGCGGGAGGGGAAGAAGGGGCAGUUUCCGGAGAUUAUUCAAGUGCUCUUGAAGCAUGGCGGUAUUGAGGGGGGGGCAGAAGCGGACGACUGGGAGAUAGACCCAUCGGAGCUGGACUUCAGCAAGUCAAAACUUAUCGGCAAGGGUGCGUUCGGUGAGAUCAGGAGGGUCAUGUGGAGAGGCACCCCAGUGGCCGCUAAGACAAUCCUACCAGGUCUAUCAGACGACGUGCAGAUCACAAAAGAGUUCCGGGACGAAAUGUUUCUGUUGCCCAAGCUGCGGCACCCCAACAUAGUUCAGUUCCUGGGCUGCGUCACCCGCCGUCCCCCCCUGUGCCUCGUCACCGAGUACCUCCCUGGGGGCGACCUACACGACGUGCUCAAGGCCAAGGGCGCCCUGCCGCCCAGAAUAGCGGUGGGGUACGGGCUGGACAUCGCUAGGGGAAUGAACUACCUGCACAACCACAAGCCCGAGUCCAUCAUUCACAGAGACCUCAAGCCUAGGAACUUGAUUCGAGAUGAAGGGGAUCACCUAAAGGUGGCGGACUUUGGUUUGAGCAAGCUGGUGAAGGUGAAUGCGCUGCACGAGAUGUACAAGAUGACUGGGGAGACCGGCAGCUACCGCUACAUGGCGCCAGAGGUGUUCAAGCACCAGGCGUACGACCGCACAGUGGAUGUCUACUCCUUCUCCGUCAUCUUCUACGAGAUGUUUGAGGGUCUACCGCCCUUCGCCAAGACCAUGACACCAGAGGGGGUGGCAUGGAAGGUGGCAAUGGAGGGCAUCAGGCCGCCCUUCAAGUCCAAGGCGUACCCCGAGGGGGUCAAAGACCUGGUAUCCCGGUGUUGGGCGGCAGACCCGAUGGCUCGCCCGUCCUUCAUGGAAGUGAUUGAGGUGCUCGAGGGGGUGGAGAAGGCGCUUCUGCUGCAGGCGCAGACAAACAAGCCCGCGCUCUCUCCCUUCUCAGCAUAG